AUGCAACCCAAGGAAGGUGGCUCCAUAGAAGACAAGGCCUGCUCAUUCAAAGCCCUACUAGUAGAGCAGGAAGCAAGGCCAAUUCUACCCUUACAAGGGUGGAUGCGUUUACAGCGUGCUGAUCUCGACUGGAAACGGCGGAUAGAGCUGGCCUUACAGCUCAGUUUUGCUGUGAUCCAGCUAUCGCUCACCCCUUGGAUUGACGACUCUUGGAACUGGGACAACUGGGCAAUUGCGACUGACACGAUUUCGCAUCGUUCAGGGCGACCCUUACUUUUCCGCCGACGUUUUGGAUCCUCCAUUACAACCAAGGGGGCACAGUCAUCGACAUCAUCGGUCUGGUCCAUCCUUUCUCCUGAGCCCAUCCUUGCAAAACUCGGCCUUUGCCUUAUUGAACUUGCGUUCGGGAAGACGGUCUCCGAAAUACGCUGUGAAGAUGCAGGCGAUGAUGAAAUAGUGGACAACAAUGAAGUCGACUCUGAGUCUUUGGAUUUGAUCACAGCUAAAGCGCUGUUUGACUCUCAGAGAAUCCGCAACCAGUUUGGAGAGCCUUUCGAGAAUGCUGUCAAGGCCUGCAUUCACCAGCAGUUCAGAGCGGAAAAGAAUGGCGAUAUAAUUGAACUUGACUCUCGAGAUCCAUCAUUCUUGCAGAAUGCUGUGGAUUCAAUUAUUUCGCCUCUUCAGUUACAGGCAGAAACCUACCUCCGGGCUGAGUUGCGUGACAGUGUCUCUGCCAAGAACGCGCCGAACAAGACUGACCCCUCACCAACUCGCGAAAACACUACACAGCCGGUUCAUCAUCGAGAUGUUGUUGAGCCGUCGAAGGCGAGUACUCUACAGCAUGACAAGAAUGAGUCUCUCGCGGUAGAACCGGGAUCUAGCGACACACAGGGGUCCCUUUCAAGGGUGGGCCUUAACCGCGACCGCAAAGCAGACGCCGGGGCGCGUCGUGGACUUCAGACCACAGACCUAGUAGCUCAUGCUCAAAAGACCGACGUCUCACACUCAGCUGCUACAAAAACGCAUCCCGAGACGAGAGAUGUAUUGAACCCCAUGCCCCCGCAGCCUCGGGGCCGGGGACAGAACCUCCCAAUCGGAUCCGCUGGCGAGCGAAGUCAUUUACGUCUUCCGUCACCGGGUGGCCAAUCCAUAGAAGAAUCGGAGUGGACUUAUGGCUCAGUGACAGAAACGACAGAGUCUGCACGCGCAUGGGCUGCAGAGGUCCUAGACGAGCCUCCAGGGGUGACACACAAUCCAGUUCUCUCCAGCAUUGCGCCUGUGGUCUUGCGCAUCAUCCUACGGCACUUUCGUGCUUGGACGGAGAGGAGUCCUGGGCCAGGCAAUGGGACCGCGGCAUCAUCCGUCCCGCUCAGUGGCGGCCGGCAAAACAAACGACCUCGAAAACAGCCUGGUCGAGGGAGCCUUCCUGAUGACAACGGUGACGACGACGAUGACGAGGCUGAGCAGAACGGAGACCGUAAGCGAAAGAAAAACAACGAGGAUGAUGCGGACAACAAGACCCUGGCCUGUCCGUACUUCAAGAAGGACCGUCGGGUGUACGGAAGUUGCUGUGGUAGGAAGCUAAGCAGAAUCCGUGACGUCAAACAGCACCUGAAAAGACGGCAUUACCUACCGAUAUACUGCCCAGUCUGCAACGAAGUCUUCGCUCGUGAGACAGUUAGAGAUGAACAUACUAUCCAGAGGAACUGCGAGAGGGGAACAAGGCCGAAGCCCGAGGGGGUCAGUGUAGCGCAACAACAAGAGCUCAACAGACGAGCAAACAGACAGCAUUCAGAAGAUGAACAGUGGCACGCAAUCUUCAAAACCCUUUUCCCCGACGCCCCCCGGCCAUCCUCAGCAUACAUCGACCCAAGCCUCUCCGACAGCGCCUUAGCGUACCAAGAGUAUGUGACAGCCCGCGGACCCGAGAUCCUGCGACGAACUCUGGUGGAAAGCGGUGCUGUUGUCGCGUGGAAUGAAACCAACGUUGACGAUGUUGACAAUUUUCUCCGCCAUAUCUUGGGACGGGGCCUAGGGGCUAUCGCGAAGGCUUGGGCCGAGGAAACAAUACCGGUGGCUGCAGCAGUGACACCCAGCGAAGGCGAGUCACUGGAGAUGGUCAAUACCGGGGAUAUGGCCAGCGCAUCUUCCGCCUUUCACAGCAGCAGUAUUUCGUCGGCGUCAAUGGCAGACUACUCGGACUAUGCUCGCAGUUAUCCGGACGCGAUUCCUUGGUCAGGGCAGCAAGCUCCCCAAUACAAUCAGAUCCCCGAUUUGACUUAUAUGGACUUGUUGGACGAAGAAGAUGUUGAUGAGAUGCAGCGGAUCCUGUUUCCAGCCGACAUGACUGAUGUUGCGGCUUGGCAGAAUUAUACACACGGCCGGCCAACGGGAGGAUAG